GUCAGAGAGAGCCCUCCGCUCCGCCUCGUCCUCUUGCGGACAGAGCCGCCGCCGCCGCCGCGGGUCCGGCCCCUGCCUCGGUGCCAGGCGCAGGCAGCCUCUCCGUCCCAUCCCUCCAGCUCCGCCCGCGCCGCCUCCCCUUCUCCCGGGCAGCCAAUGAAGGCGGCGUGAGGGGGCCGGGCGGGCUCUCUUCUCGCCAGCAGCAGCUCGGCCGGCGCUCGCUCCCUCCGUCUCGGCUCGUCGGCCCGGCUGCUGCAGGAGCCGCGGGGACGCCGCCUCCGCCGACGGGAUCAUGCGUUAAGGCGCACGGCCGGGCACUGCGGCCGCGCCAUCCGCGCGGCGGGCCGAGAAGAUGAACUACCUGAACGUGCUGGCCAAGGCCCUCUACGACAACGUGGCCGAGUCCCCGGACGAGCUCUCCUUCCGCAAGGGCGACAUCAUGACGGUGCUGGAGCGCAACACGCAGGGCCUGGACGGCUGGUGGCUCUGCUCGCUGCACGGGCGGCAAGGCAUCGUCCCCGGCAACCGCCUGAAGAUCCUGGUGGGCAUGCUGCCCGGGCCGGCCCACGGGCAGCCUCAGUCCCCCCCGCAACCCCAGCCGCCGCCGCCGCUGCAACAGCCGGCAGGGCAGACCCCCCUGGCCUACCCGGCGCCCCAAGGCGGCUACACCCCGCUUUCCCCUGCCUCUCAGUACACGCCUAUGCACCCCUCCUGCCUGCCCCAAGAGGACAAUGUCUAUCUGGUGCCAGCACCAAACAAGGCCCCGGGAGGCCUCCCGCACGGCUCCGGGUCAGCGGGCCAGUUCCAGACUCCCCCGGGGAAGCAGCCGCCCGCCUACCCAAAGCAGAGCCCCCCGCAAGGCCAGGACGUGUACCAAGUGCCCACUGGGCCUGCCAGCCCGCCCCAGGACAUUUACCAGGUGCCUCCAGCGCCCGCUGGGCUGGGGCAGGAUAUCUACCAAGUGCCCCCUUCCCUGGACGGCCGGGGCUGGGAAGCGCCCAAGCCCCAAAGAAAGGUGGUGGUCCCCACACGCGUGGGGCAGGUCUAUGUCUACGACUCCCCCAAAGGAGAGCAGGAUGAGUACGACGUCCCCCGCCACCUCCAGGAGAUCUAUGACGUGCCCCCGACUCGGGGCCUGCUGUCGAACCAAUGCAGCCUGGAGGUGUACAAUAUGCCCACCAUGGUGGUGAAGGGCCCCAACAGCCGGGAUCUGGCCCAUGCCCAAGAGAUCUAUGACGUGCCCCCCAGUGUGGAGAAAGGCCUGCAAGUGGUGUACGACAUCCCCCCGUCGGUCAGCAAGGAUGUCCCCGAUGGCCCGACGCGGGAGGAGACCUACGACGUGCCCCCGGCCUUCUGCAAGGCCAAGCCCUUUGAUCCGUCUCGACACCCGCUGAUCCUCGCGCAGCCUCUGGCGCCGUCGGCGGCGGACCCUUACUUGCCCGAAGACGUGUACGAUGUCCCGCCGGCGGCCAGCAAAGGGGUGCCGGAGGCCCAGGAGAUCUACGACGUCCCGCCUGGGCUGAGGAAGCUGGCCGGCCAAGAGGUGUAUGACGUGCCCCGGGAGCUGCCGGUGGGCUGCAAGGACCGGGAGGGCGACUACAUCUACGACGUGCCCCCGCAGGCGGACCGGGAGGGCAAGGGCGGCGACGGCAAGCGCCUCUCGGCCUCCAGCACGGGCAGCACCCGCAGCAACCUCUCCAGCUCUUCGCUGGACACGGUGCCGGUCAAGGAGGCCCCCGACCGAGAGCUGCCCCUGGACCAGGACGUUGCCAUGGAGACCCUGGCCCGGCUCCAGGGCAACGUCGCCACCGCCGUCUCCUACCUCAUGUCCUUCAUCAGCGGCAGCUGGCGGAGCCCUGAGCAGCUGGAGGCCCACGCGGCCCACCUCCAGGGGGCGGCCGAGAGCGUCAGGGGGGCGCUCCGGGACCUGCUGGACUUUGCCCGGGGGGCCGUCAGCAGCGCCGCCCACACCUCCGACCGCUCCCUCUACGCCAAGCUCAGCAAGCAGCUGCAGAAGAUGGAGGAGGUCUACCAGGCGCUGCUGCGGCACAGCCAGGCCCUGGACGGCUGCGGCUGGGCCCCCAGCGCCCUGGCGCCCGGCAAGGCCGGCGCCCCCGACGACCUGGAGCACCUGGUGAUGUGUUCGCGGGGGGUGCCGGACGACACCAAGCAGCUGGCCUCCUUCCUGCACGGCAACGCCUCCUUGCUCUUCCGGCGGACCAAGGCGCCCCCGGCCUCCCUGGGGGACGGCGGCCUGGCCGACAAGGCCAGCAGCAUCCAGUCCCGGCCCUUGCCCUCGCCGCCCAAGUUCUUGGCGCAGGACUCGCCCGAGGGGCAGUACGAGAACCACGAGGGCGGCUGGAUGGAAGAUUACGACUACGUGCACCUCCAGGGCAAGGAGGAGUUUGAGAAGAUCCAGAAGGAGCUGCUUGAGAAGGGCAACAUCAUCCGGCAGGGCAAAGGGCAGCUGGAGCAUCAGCAGCUGAAACAGUUUGAACGGCUGGAGCAGGAGGUGACCCGGCCCAUCGACAACGACCUGUCCAACUGGACCCCCCCGCAACACUACGCCCACGUCCGGGGGGGCGGCUCGGCCCUGAGCGCCUCCGACCGGCAGCUGCUGCUCUUCUACCUGGAGCAGUGCGAGGCCAACCUCACCACCCUGACCAACGCCGUGGACGCCUUCUUCACGGCCGUGAGCACCAACCAGCCGCCCAAGAUCUUCGUGGCCCACAGCAAGUUCGUCAUCCUGAGUGCCCACAAGCUGGUCUUCAUCGGGGACACUCUCUCGCGCCAGGCCCAGGCCCCGGAGGUGCGCCACAAGGUCACUCACUACAGCAACCUGCUCUGCGAGAUGCUCAGGGGGAUCGUGGCCACCACCAAGGCGGCCGCGCUCCAGUACCCCUCCCCCGCGGCGGCCAAGGACAUGGUGGAGCGGGUCCACGCGCUCGCCAACAGCACGCAGCAGUUCCGGAUGGUGCUGGGGCAGCUCUCGGCCCUGUGAUCCCGCUCCCCCAAGCAGACUCUCCCCUGUACAUGGACUGUAAAUACUUCUCCAGACUCCGGCUUGUCCGUGGGGAGCGGCAGGUGGGUUGGCUGGCUGGCUGCUCCCUCCCCCCAUCAUAGGGUGCUCUGGGCAUAGACCCUUGUCCCAGAGGGCCUGACGCGGCCCCGACCCUGGGAGGGCUGUUGCGGCCUUGAGGGCGGCCCAGGGAGGGGUGGGGUGUUGGGAGGCAAAUAAUUAUUUUUCCUGUUUGAUUCUGAAAUUGUUUGGCUAACGGUCACUAUUUAAAUCAAAUAAAGAGACAUAGAAUCCAA